AUGGCGACCUCCGGGAGGGGUCCCCUGAGGCCGAUGUCUUCCUCCCUCCCGGGAGGCUUGGGCGGUUCACUCCAUGCAGCUCAGUCGAUACAGUCGCCCUCAGAAAAAGAGCGUCAGUCAUGCUUGUCCUCAUUUCCCGUGGGGCAGAGACCGAAGGGUGACUUCCGCGAAGCCUCCUCCUGUCUGCUGCAGGAGCUCAUUCGCCGCUCUCCGCAGGCGGACGCCGGCGCACAGGAGGAGGGCGAGGGCGAGGGCGAGGCGGAAUCCGAGGAGUCCUCAGAGUCCGAGAUGCCGAACUUGGAGGAGGAAUUUGAUGGGGUCCUGAGAGAGGAGGUCGUGGCCGAGGCACUCCACCAACUGGGGCGCUCAGGCUGUGGGACUGAACAGGUCUACCUCAAUCUGACUUUAUCAGGUUGUGAUUUAAUUGACAUUAGCAUUCUCUGUGGAUAUGUUCACCUACAGAAGUUGGACCUUUCAGUAAAUAAAAUUGAAGCCUUCGAGGUUGGUUUUAUUUACUGGGCAAGAAUUGCAGAGUGGCAGAAGCUUCAGCAAUGCGCAGGGCUGGUGAGCCGGGAGAAGGUGGAUUUUUCCUACAACCAAAUUUCUGAAAUGUGUGAUUUGUCAGCAUACCAGGCACUCACAAAGCUAAUUUUGGACAGCAACGAGAUCACAGAAAUCAGUGGACUAGAGCUCUGCCGCAAUCUAACUCACCUCAGUUUGGCCAAAAACAAGAUCGCAACAAUUAAUGGCUUAAGCAUGUUACCAAUCAAAGUACUUUGCCUGAGCAAUAACGAGAUUGAGAAGAUCACAGGUUUGGAGGACCUAAAAGCCCUGCAGAUUGUGGAUCUGUCCCACAAUCAGAUCAGUAGUCUCCAAGGCUUGGAGAAUCAUGACUUUUUGGAAGUGAUCAAUGUAGAGGAUAAUAAGAUUGCAGAGCUGGGUGAGAUAGAAAACCUUGCAAGUCUACCUCUCCUUCGAGUUCUCAAUCUGCUAAGAAAUCCAGUUCAGUGUUCAUUACAUUAUUUUCUAUACCUGGUUGCAUGUCUAGAAUAUUUCAUUGAAGAAAAAAUAAGCCUUCUUUCUAGAGACAAACUUUGUUUUCCUUUUGCAUUUCUUAUUCUGGAAAAGGUUGCAGCAGUGAAUAAAUAUGACCCUCCCCCAGAAGUGGUUGCUGCCCAAGAUCACCUGACCCAUGUUGUCAACAGCGUGAUGCAGCCACAGAGGAUCUUUGACAGCACUCUUCCCAGUCUGGACGCACCUUACCCCAUGCUGAUAUUAGCUGGGCCUGAAGCUUGUGGUAAACGAGAACUGGCUCACCGUCUCUGCAGGCACUUUAGCACUUACUUCAGAUAUGGUGCCUGUCAUACCACAAGGCCGCCUUACUUUGGAGAAGGGGAUCGAGUUGAUUAUCAUUUUAUCUCUCAAGAAGUUUUUGAUGAAAUGCUGAACAUGGGGAAAUUCAUUCUCACAUUUCAUUAUAGUAAUCACCAUUACGGAUUAAGUAGGGACACCGUAGAAGGUAUCGCAAGAGACGGCUUAGCAAGCUGUAUUCAUAUGGAAAUAGAAGGUGUAAGAAGUUUGAAAUGUUCCUAUUUUGAGCCUCGAUAUAUCCUGGUGGUACCAAUGAACAAAAAAAAAUAUGAGAAAUACUUACGGAGAAAAGGAUUAUUCAGUCGUGUAGAAGUUGAAUUUGCUGUCUCCAGAGUGGACCUUUAUAUUAAAGUUAAUCAGGAAUUUCCAGGAUAUUUUGAUGCAGUAAUCAAUGCAGAUGACCUGGAUGUCGCCUACCAGUUGCUGAGUCAGCUCAUUAGAGAGUACCUUGGACUGUCUGAGGAAACCGCCAGCAGUUUGGCUCCAACUACAGGUGUUAACACACCUCUGCUGAAAUCCAGAGAGUCUUCUAGGAGGUUUACUACUUCAAAUCUGUGUGAUUUCAUGGAUUCCACACACAAAAACUACUUUGUGAAAUUAUGGGCCCAACUUUCAGCCAAAAAAACACCAGUGGAAAGAGAUUCCAUUGAGAGACAGUAUAAGGCAUCCCGGGAGAUCCUAAUGGGAAAGGUGCCUCCACAUCACACACUGCUAUUUCAAAGGGGUCCAGUACCAGUACCCAGCAUCAAUGAUACACAUUUUUUUACAGCUUUAGAACUACAGAAAAAUUCUGAGCUUUGUGAAGAUUAUUUUAAAACUCUAUUUGGACCAUAUCCUGAAAAGAGUGGCAAGGAUUCCCCUGGUCCUAUGAACCAUUCUGGAUUAUUUCAGUCUUGUCCGUGGGCAAAAGAAUUGUCUCCUCAGCCUCCAGAGGGCAGCAUUUACUCACGCCCAGGAACAGGAAGAAGUGGCGAGGAGGAGGAUCAGGCCCUAAAAGCACUAUAUAAACAGACGUUUCCAAGUGAGAAAAGGUCUGGCCAACACAGAAGACACACAAUCGCAGUCUUCAGCCGCCCAGGUUCCAACACCAAACUCAUCCUGCCUCCAAUCCCUCAGGGCCGCAAGUAGACUGGUGCUUGACAUUUGAUAUUAACAUGGGAAACUGGAUCUGAUCAUGUCCAAUCUUUUUGUCUUAUCUGGCCAUGGAUCCUGGCUGUAUCUCAUUCAGUCAACUAGCUACAAAAGAUCUAUAUGCCUUGAUUCUCUCAAUCAGUUUCUUUUGUGAUUCUCUGAAUAGUGCCUUUUUAAAAAUAUGUUAUUCUUACCUUUUAGAGAUUUAAUUUCAGUUUUUCCCAUAGCUAUUAAUGACUUUUCCAGCUGCUUCCUGCUCUGAAAUACCAGAUGGCAAAAUUUCCCAAGGCCUCUGAAUUGUUAUGCACAUAGUGAGUUUCAGAUAUAUCCAGUGGGGACUGUGCUCUUGAAUUUCAGUAUGUCCACUUAGAGCAUUAGUAUAUACUCUAGAGGACUGAAGUAUUUUGUUCUUCUGAUUAGGAAAGGAUUGUAGUGUUCUAUUUAACAUGUGGCCAAUGUGCUAUCAACUGCAUCUCUCAAAGGCAGUUAAUUAAUAUAAUUUGUCAUGGUUCUCAACUUGCUUUAGCAAUAUGAAGGAAU